AUGAAGGAGAUGAAUAUGAAGAUGAGUAUGAAAAAAAGGGAGUCCUUUUCCUUUGCUCAUUUGAUCUUCUUCACUAAAACCUGCCCCAAAAUCCAUGCACAAAAGCAAGAGGAGCUGCCAGAGCAAGUGUUGUGCUGUGUUCGCUUGAAUAAGAUUGAUUUUGUAAAUCAUGGCCAAAUACCUACCAUUGUUGCACGGGAGGACUAA